UUUGCACAGUUUGAAACGACCAUGCAUGCCUCAAUCAAAUGAAGCAGAAGUUAUGACUCGUAAAUAUGACAUUGAGGAAUCUGAUGAACAGGACCUUGUGCAGGGCAAAGGGUCCCAGGGCCAUCGCGUGGAAGUGACGGGUGAUGCCGGAAGUGACGGGUUCGCGGGGCAACAUGGCGGAGGAGGUGGAUGUGGAUAUUGAAGGAGAUGGGGCUGAGCCCAGCCUGGGUGAGGAAAGUGGUACAGUUCCUGGGUUCCUGCAGGACCAUUAUUUGGAUUCCUCCUGGAGAAGUAACAAUAGCAUUCUGUCCUGGACUUUGGAUAGUUCUCUCAGUGAAGAGAAUAGAGCAGCUAUUGAGAAGAUGUUACAAGAGGAAGAGUACUACCUAACUGGGAAAAAACAUCCACAAAGCAACUGGUCUGAGCACCCGGAAAAAGAGAAAAUAUCUGUUAAAAGUAUUCGUCAACGGAAAACUGUGAAAAGUCGGAGUCCUGCAACAGCGAGCUAUUCUUGGCCAGCCCGAUGGACACCAAAGGAAAAAGAUCUAUUUGAACAAGGGCUGGCCCAAUUUGGUCGACGAUGGACAAAAAUCGCAAAGCUGAUUGAAUCGCGGACAGUACUGCAGGUGAAAAGUUAUGCCAGACAGUAUUUUAAGAGCAAGGCAAAAAAUGAAAAACCUGUGACAGAGGCAAGUAUCUGGACUCCUGAAAAUGGAGCCAAGCAUUUGAAGAUAGGACCAGAGCCGUACAACACUACAGCAUCACGAGGUCAGGCUUUUCCUACUGUCAAUGCUGUUAAGAUUGAGCAUAUGUCUGAUGAUGAAGAUGUGGAUGUCUUGGAUGAAACAGAUAGUGACUAUGAUGGCCUUCAGGAGCAGAAGGAAGUGAAAACUCAAUUUGAUUCAAAGACGAAUGAACCCAAGGUAAAUAGCCAUGGUUACAGUGAUUCUGGACUAGAUGAAUCUCUGCUUAUUUCUUCCACUCCUGCUGUGACCUUGCAAAAAUGUUUUCAGAUAUCAGACAUACAGGAAAUAUCCAAAGAUAGUAAGACAAACAGUAGCAACACUGACAACAUAAAGCAUAUGAUUGAUGAGAGUAAAGAAAUUGAAACACCAUUAAAAGCAGCCAAGGAAGACAUUGUGGGCUACACAAAUUGUGAAUGUGCUCUGGAUACAAUGAGUGAAGAAUUAGUAAAGCAAGUACCAGAAUUUCUAGAAUUUAAGCAAUUAGAAGAAAAGGAGGAAUUUCAAAAUGAUAACUGUGUGUAUAGUGUGGCAGAAUCAGUUUGUGAAAUGGAAGUGGAUGAAGAGAACUGUGAUAGUGAAGAAGGAGAGGUAUUGAAACCCCCUGCACAAGAAGUAGUAUUGGACAAAAAUAUGAUCACAGAAGAUGAGAAGCAAGCUAUUCCUGAGUUCUUUGAAGGACGAUCAUCGAAAACACCAGAACGUUUUCUGAAAAUACGUAACUACAUCCUGGAUCAGUGGGACAAAUGUAAACCUAAAUACUUGAAUAAAACAUCAGUUCGUCCAGGGCUGAAAAACUGUGGAGAUGUGAAUUGCAUUGGACGGAUACAUACAUACUUGGAACUAAUUGGAGCGAUAAAUUUUGGCUGUGAACAAGCAGUAUAUAAUCGACCACGACCUGUAGACCGAACCCGCAAUAGAGAAGAAGGGAAGGACAGUGUACAAACAUAUGUGCUUGCUCAGAGAUUACAGUCAAUGCGUGCCAGAAGGCGACGUGUACGAGAUUCUUGGGGGAACUGGUGUGAUGCAAAGGAUCUGGAGGGACAAACUUUUGAGCAUCUCACAGCAGAAGAACUGGCCAAAAGGCACAAGGAAGAGUUGAACAAGUCUCCAAAACCAGCAAGAGGGCCGCGUCAUUCGAAGAGCUCUUUAGAUCCUUUCCAGCUGAUCCCAUGUCUCUGCUUCAAUGAAGACAAACUGGAGCCAUUUCAGGUGAAGGUAGCUGUAGAGGCAUUGCUCGUGAUGGAUAUGCAUGCCCAUGUAUCCAUGGCAGAAGUGAUUGGCCUAUUAGGUGGGCGAUAUUCUUCAGGAAAGAGAGUAUUAGAGAUCUGUGUUGCAGAGCCAUGCAACAGCCUGAGCACAGGACUUCAGUGUGAAAUGGACCCGGUGUCACAAACCCAGGCAUCAGAGGCUCUAGCUGGAAGAGGAUACAGCAUUGUUGGAUGGUACCAUUCGCAUCCUGCAUUUGAUCCUAAUCCAUCUUUAAGGGACAUUGAUACCCAAGCAAAGUAUCAGAAUUAUUUUUCACGUGGAGGAGCUCAAUUCGUUGGAAUGAUCAUCAGUCCGUACAAUAGUAGCAACUCUUUGCCUUAUUCCCAAGUCACAUGUCUUAUAGUCAGUGAAGAACUCAGUGCAGAUGGCAGUUUCCGCCUUCCAUAUAGAUGUGAGUUGAAGCAGUUGAACGAAGAACCUCUGUGGGUACAGUUGAUAGAUAAAGCACGCUGGAUAAUGGAGAAGUACAAACUAUCCCUUAGUAGUGUCCCAAUGCUACGGAUGUUUCAUAGGGAUUCCAAUUUAACAUGUCUGCAGAAGCUGCUGGAGUCCAUGAGGAAAACAUUGGAAAAUCAGUGGAAUACUGCAGUCACUGAAGAGUUUCUGGCCCAGAUUGAGGAUUUGUUCCUUUCAGGUUAUACUGUUGAAGACAGGAACAAUAAACUUGAAACUAUUGUUGAGCUUCCAGUAGAAUCAAGUAAUUAAUUUCUUUUGCAUGUAUUUGUAAGAUAUCAGUGUCUGAUGUUUCACUUUCAAAAACCUAAUGGCAUUUUUAGAAAGAUGAUCAGAAAUUGUAGUGAAAGAGCCAGUGGAAUUUUCAGUACAAUUUGGCUUGUUUGUAAAGGCAAAUAAAUAUCAGAGAAAGUCCAUGAUUUUUCCCUGAGAUGCAAUCCUUUUUUUUUGAAAGAUUAAUUACUCAGAAUUUCUUGAACAUUUUUAAAAGGCUUGCAAUUUUCCUGCUGCCAUGGAGUAUGGUCACUGCAAUGAAGUUGUUUAUGGGGCCAUUGAAGAGUAACUCAAUUGGAAACAGCAGGUGCUAUGGUUUCAAGCUGAUUCGGCUGCUUCUAGGAGAUUGCUGGAGCCUGGGAUCUAAGCAAGAAAAUCUGCAUCCAAGUUGUUUUUUGUCUUCUCAGAUUUCAUCAACUUUCAUGCUUUGCAGUUGAACAUGGUCCUCAGAGACAUUUCCAUUUUUGUUAAGUGGAAUAUCACAGUUAACUGAGAUUACCACAAGGAUCUCAAUGGCAUAAGUAAGACUGUAAUUUUAAAAAAUGCUGGAGUUUUAUUUUUAAGGAACAAAGAGUUUAAGGAGGACUUCCAAAAAAAGUUUUGUGCAGCAAUGUUGCAUUGAGAGUUUCUCUGGUAUGUUCUGAAUAGCAUCAUUUCUUCUUUCAGUGCCAGACAGAAGGUAUUGUUUUGAAACAUAAUGUGAGACAUUUGGACUUCUGAGCCUCAGGCUUUAGCUCAUACACUGACAUGUGGACUCCUGUUACCGAAAUCUGGACUGUUAACAGAAGAACACGUUUUAUUUCAUUAUUUAUAUACUGAUCUGAAGUGGCAGUUGUAUGCUUAUUCAGAACUGCUCAUCUUUCCUAUCUGCUCCCCUCGAACCAAAAAUAGUCAUGAUGCUACUUUUUUUUUCUUCCUCCUCCUUCUGUGCUUCAGGAAGAAUAGAGAACACUGUUUGCAAUAAAGUUAAAGGAAAUUCUUAGAUUCAGAAUUAAGAUAGAUGCAACAGUUGAAAUAAUAAAUGUGACAGGCUGCAUAUAAAGUGAUUGAUACCAAAGUCAGGUGGUUGAUGUGUGGUUGGAUUAACAACUUAUUGAUGAACACAGUUAAAACCAUUUAUUACAAAAUAAUAAAAACCUCUUUCACCAUGUAAAAUAUUUAGUAUUGUGAAUAACAUUAUAUUAAUCUUUGCUUUGGCUGAGAGAGCUUUCCCUGGUAACUUCAGUAUAUUUUUAGAUUCUAAGCUGCUGCCCCAUGAUUGUACAAAUGGAUGCAUCUUUAAAAAUCCUGGUAGAAGUUAUUCCUUUACGAGGCAGAGAAAUUAAUCAUCAAUGGACACCACAUAAACUAGUUGCGUAAUUUCUUUGUAAAGCCACAGUAAUUCUGUCACAGUUGUUAAUAAAUCUGCCUGAUGGCAGUGGUUGUUCUGCAUACCAGUUGUUAACACAGACAUCUGCUGCCUUCACAAAAACAACCUCACUGAAAAUUAAAGAUAAUGUAACUUCAAAGCAAUUGACUUAAAGACUGCAGUUUAGGGGUCCUGUAAUUUAAAUCUGCUUUAUUUAGGAAUCCCUUUGGAUUCCUGAUGCUGAACAGCAUGAAUUUUUGGAACUUGGCAGCAAAUUUUAGAAGCAGGAAGCUUACCAUUCCCUGUUUAUCUUAGGUCAUGUGAGGGAAAGGUAUUUAGAUUAAUUAUUUGUUUAAUUCACUUUUUGGCAUGAGAACCAUGGUGGUAAGUCUUCAAAUGGCCUUCUUGUGCAGGAACAAUUUGGAGUGAUUUGCUAAACUAAGAAAUCAUGACAUUUUAUAUAAAAAAGGUCUUUGGAGUGAGCAAAUGCCCUUUGUUCCAGCCAUGACAAAAUCUUGCACCAUCAUCGUACCUGUAACAGCGACAAUUCCUUUCCUCCCACCCCCUCCCCCAGAUGUUGCUCGACCUGCUAAGUUCCUCCAGCAGGUUGUUUGUUGCUGCAGAUUCCAGCAUCUGCAGUCUUGUGUGUCUUGAUAACAAAAUCUAAUGCAUGUAAAGAUUAGAUCUUCUCCAGGGUUCUUCCAAAAAUCUAAAGGUUGAGAGCAACAACAAAAAAAUACUGCAAAUUUUUUGAUUCCUGGUAUAGUUUGUUGGUAAGCAUGGAGUGUCUUCAAUAUUUUGAUUGUAAUGCUAGUAAUCAAGAUGAGUAUCAUUUUCAGAAUAAGACUUUAUAAGAGGUCAGCUUAAUCAACAAAUGUUAUACUGACAAAUGUUUCUGUUAUCAAUUGGCCUUCAGAAAUGUGUUGAUCUGAGGGUCUAAGAAUGCAGAAACUUUUACCACUGCAAGUCUUGUAUACCAGUAGCUUCAUUAUGACAGGGUGGAUGCUGUAAUUUUUAUAAGAUUCCAUAGUUACCCCAGUAAUAUCAAGGAACCAGCAUUUGUGGUGCUUUUUUUAAUCCAGACCUUCUCCCAGGCUUGCAGUGUAUUUGUGCUGGAUGUUGAAAGGAAGUUCAGUUCAUCUCUUGUGUGUCUGCUUAAUGCUAGUUGAUGGAUUUGGACUGUUCAAAGAAAUCAAAAAAUGACCAUUUAAGUUUAUGAUAAUGAACUUUAGCAUACAUUUUAUGGUAUGUAAAUGUAUAAACUUUUACCAAUUUAAAAAUGACUUGCUUAUAUUCCUAUUCCUUAUACAAUGUAAACAAUCCGAAUCAAAACAGCAUGGGAAAAACUGAAUUAUUCCAUGACAAAUGCAUUUUGCAACAUUUUUUUAAAAAUCAGAAUGACUUCCACAGAUCUUCAAAGUAGUAGCUUCAUUUCCAUUUGAUUCACAUUGACUUGAAGUAAAAAAAAUGACAUACUGUUUAUUCUACUUGAUGAAACAAUCAAUAAAAAUACUUUCAUAUUUUAGUGCAUUGUUUUGCAUAAUGUUACACAAUUUCACAGUUCAAAAACCACAUAAGCAAUUCAAGGUUUGCUCUUGUGGUUUGAAUUUAGAAAUUUGAUUUUGUUAAAUUCUUAAAACAAUCCCUAGUUCUUCUGAAGAUCUCUUUGUUCAGUUGUUCAGAGUAUAUAAUUCUAAUUGGGUAAAUACUGCAUAUUCAAAUUGAGGGCACACUGAGUUGACCCAAAAUACUGUUAUGGAUAAUUCAACAAUUUUAAAUGGCUUCUGCUGUUUAACAGGCCUUGCAACCACUCAGGCACAGUCACAGGUUCUUGGUACCUUCAUGGGGAUUACGUACUAGUAGUCUCCAAGUGCAAACCCAGAAAAAGGAUGUCUAAAGAGAUUCACAAAACAAAUAAGACACAAUAAAUCAGUAUUUCAAAAACCUCUGCUGAUGACCUCAAGUGAGCUGCUUGUCAAAGUAUUUGGUCAUAGCUUGAAUCAAGGCAGGUUGAAGGAUCACAAAGCUUUGGGACAUCUUGAACUGAUUUUUUUUGUUUACCCAAGGCAGCAAUUUAAGAGAGUUGUUAUGAAUUGGGAAAAUAGGUGGUGAUAAAUCAAGUUGGAGCAGAAGUUACAAUCCAAUGUUCCUGUGCUUCAAAUUAUGUGCAUGGUUCAUGGAUACUCUGCAUUCAUUUAUUACAUGUCAAUUUCUUAUUUGGUUAAGUUGCUAUUCAUAGUUUUAGUUAAAAUCAAAAUACAAUGAAUGUAUUGACAAUAUUAAUGCAUGGUAACAUACUGCAAAUACUUUUCUAAAACAAUGUCUGUAUUUUUCGUAGUUAAGAUAUUUGUAUGACCAUUUGUGAGGUUGAAGUCAAAAGUAUAUACAGCAUAUGUGAUCAUAUUUGUGCACUGCUCUUUGACUUAGGAAAGGUUCUUUAAUCUAGCUUGUUGCAGUUUUAUGUUGUAAGUAAAGGAUUGAAGAGUUAAAAUUUUAAAAUACAGGAUUAAUAAAUCUGUUUUGUACAGUAUUAUUGUAUUCUACCUGUUUGGUUCACAUUUUGUAUCAAGCUACAUUUACUGCCAAUAAGCAAUGUUUAUUGUCUG